AUGACUACUCAUUUCAAGCCUAUUCAACCCUUACGAGAUGCGAAUGCUGAAGAUGGUUUUAGUGAUGAACAAAAAUACUGGAUGAAACUAGAGGAAGCUGCUGUUUUUGAAGAAUCUUGUUGCAGUUGCGAUUUCAAACCUUCCACUCCUUAUUCAUUGGCUGUAGCUGGGGGGAGCAGAGUUAUUGUAUUCGAUACAGCCACAACAGAGCAGUCUGCGAUUUAUUCUCGUUUUAAAACUUCAAUAUGUUCGAUUAAAUAUAGGCAUGAUGGCGCUUUGUUAGGUGUUUCCACAGAAAAUGGUUUUCUACAAUUUUUUGAUACUCAUAGCGAAAAGCCUCGUAAACAAGGUCUACGUACUCCAAUUCGAACAAUUAAAGCACACAAAAGUCAAAUUCUUUCAUUUCAAUUUGAUGCUAGUGGACAUAAAGUGGCCUCUUUUUCUGAUGAUUGUUACACAAAAUUGUUUGAUUUGGCAACCGAAAAUGCUUCUCCAAUUUGGAAUUGUGGGGCACAUAUGGAUUUUAUUAGAACGGGUGCUUUUGUUCCCAACAAUGAAUUUUUAUUGGCGACAGGAUCUUAUGACAACACAAUUCAUUUAUGGGAUACUAGGCAAGAUGGAAGCAGUUUUGUGCGUGAAUUUAAUUAUGGUUUACCAAUCGAAAAAAUUUUGUUUGUGUCUUCACAAAAUAAUUUGCUUGCUUCAGCUGGUGGAAAUUUAAUAAAAUUUUGGGAUUUAAAUAAUGGCCAGAUUGUCAAGGAAUUGCAACUUCAUAAGAAGACGAUAACUUCCCUCAAUUUAUCAAAAGAUGAGACCUUUUUAAUUAGUGGUUCAGUUGAUCGGCGAGUUAAUAUUGUUAAAUUGGACAAUUUCGAUUUGAUUCAUACUUGGCAUUUGGAUGCACCAAUACAAUCCUUGGCUAUUGACCAUUCAGAUAAUCAUCUUGCUUUUGGGUUAGGAAAUAAUAAUUUGGCUAUUUGGAGUCGAAAGGAAGAAGAAAAAGUUGAAAAAAUUAAAAAGUCAAAAUCUGGAAAACGUAAAAGGAAACGAAAUGAAUCAAAAGAAGUUUUACAAGAAACAAUUACUACUAAUGAUGUUGAUUUACCUGAAAAUAUUGAAGAAGAAGAACCAGAAGAAAGGCCUAAAGGAUUAAUUAUUUUUAGAAAAGAAAGGGAUGGUGAACAAGAAAAAGUUGAAUUAAAAUUAACAGAAAGACAGUUAGAACAGAUGAAACUUGGUGAUCAUGAUUAUUUAUUACGUGAAGGCCGUGUUCAAGAACUUGUUUCAACUAUACUUUUAAAAAUUAAAAAUUAUUCAUUUGAAUAUGUUGUGGCCGUUUUUCAUCAAAUUCGUAUUCGACAACAACUUAAACUUGCACUUUCUAAUCUUGAAAGAUUUGAACUUGUUAAUCUUUUUCAAUUUUUGACAAAUAAUAUUGGAAACAAACAAUUUUUUGAUAUUUUAUAUGAUGUGAUAGUUGUUACAUUAGGUUUUGUUUUUUUUUUUUAA